AUGUUCAUAGCCAAAGGUUUGGUAUCUAUUAUAGUGAUCAUAGUUUUGAUUCUGCCACAGAUUUCAGCACAAGCUUUCUCACCUACUCAUUCUGCUGCAGAUAGCGCGACGGAACAAACUAAACAGAAGGAUAAUACAAUUAGAGUUGAUCCUUUAGAAAAUUUUAAAAAAUAUAGAGGAGGAUUCAACAUCACCAACAAGAAUUAUUGGAGUUCUUUGAUAUUUACUGGUGUAUAUGGAUAUGCAAUUGGAAUGUUGUUCCUUCUAUGUGGAAUAUUGUAUGGAGUUUUUUUGGUAAUCACCGAGUUUUGUUAUCGCGAAAAUGAUGGAGGAAAAAUAAUGAAGAAGGUGUUUCCUUGUAAUUACAAGACUUGUGAUGUUUCACUAAUUCUUUUGGCCUUGUUUCUCAUGUUAAUUGCCAUAGUUGCAACAGGGCUAAUUCUAGUUGGGAGUGCAAGAUUUCAUUCGGAAGGCAAAACUUCGGUUGAUAUCAUAAUCAAAACUGCAAACAAAGCAUCGGAAACAAUACAUAAUACAACAGAUGCAUUAAAAGGCAUGGAGAAUAGCUUGAUGGAAGCAAAUGUUAGCAUUGAGGCUUCAUCGAAUCUUGACUCUACAGCUGAGAAACUUGAAGAUGCCUCAGGAAAUAUUGAAAUGCAAGCCAGGAAGAAUAGACGCCUUAUCAACAAGGGCUUGAAAAUAGUGUAUGUAACUACUAUAGUGAUUAUGUGCUUGAACUUGCUUGCUGUAACAGUUUUGUCAGUUUGUGGAAUGCUAAGGUUAAGGAGGUCAUUGUACAUGCUUGUUGCAUUUUGUUGGUUGAUGACAGUGUUAUGCUGGCUAUUCUUUGGAGUCUAUUUCUUCUUAGAAAAAUUUUCUAGUGAUGCAUGCACAGCUCUUGACAACUUUCAAGAAAAUCCUUACAACAACAGCCUAAGCUCAAUCCUUCCAUGUCAAGAAUUGCUCAAAGCAAAACCAGUUCUAUCUGAAUUUAGUUCUGGAAUCUAUCAUCUUGUUAACGAGGUGAAUGCAAAUCUAUCAAUGCAGGCAACAUCAUAUUCAAAUCCUGUUCAUGUUUGCAAUCCUUUCUCAGAACCACCAAAUUAUUUCUACCAGCCCGAGAAUUGUUCCGAAAAUACUAUACGAAUAGGAGACAUUCCAAAGGUAUUGAAGCCUUUUACUUGUUUGGAUGCAAAUGUUGUGACAUGUGAGAAUGGAAAUUUCAUAACAAACAUUGAAUAUGCAAGAGUUGAAACUUACACAAAUUCAAUUCAAGAUUUAUUGAAUGUGUAUCCAAGUAUGGAACAUUUGUUAGAAUGUCAAAUUGUGAAAGAUGCAUUUUCUCAAGUUCUUGUUCACCAUUGCAAGCCUAUGAAGAAAUAUGCUAAGAUGGCAUGGGUAGGAAUGGUGUUCCUUGGAGUGAUAAUGGUUUUGUUGAUUCUGCUUUGGACUACAAAGGCUAGUUAUGAACAUUGUUAUCAUGUUUCAGAUGGUUCUGUGGAGUCUCAUUUUGAAGUAUCAAAUUCAUUGAAAUCAAGAGUAAAUAAAGAUAAAGAGAUUGAGAUUUGA